AUGGCUGAUGGUGACCCCUCCUACUGGUUGAGUAGAGAUGGCACCACAACCCGUCUGAACCAUCGAGAUGGCACCACAACCCGUCUAAACCCUCCAGAUGGCACCACAACCCGUCUAAACCAUCCAGAUGGCACCACAACCCGUCUAAACCCUCCAGAUGGCACCACAACCCGUCUAAACCCUCCAGAUGGCUCCACAACCCGUCUAAACCUUCCAGAUGGCACCACAACCCGUCUGAACCAUCCAGAUGGCACCACAACCCGUCUAAACCUUCCAGAUGGCACCACAACCUGUCUAAACCCUCCAGAUGGCUCUACAACCCGUCUAAACCUUCCAGAUGGCACCACAACCCGUCUGAACCAUCCAGAUGGCACCACAACCCGUCUAAACCAUCCAGAUGGCACCACAACCCGUCUACACCCUCCAGAUGCCACCACAACCCGUCUGAACCAUCCAGAUGGCACCACAACCCGUCUACACCAUCCAGAUGGCACCACAACCCGUCUAAACCCUCCAGAUGGCACCACAACCCGUCUAAACCUUCCAGAUGGCACCACAACCCGUCUGAACCAUCCAGAUGGCACCACAACCCGUCUAAACCAUCUAGAUGGCACCACAACCCGUCUAAACAUCCAGAUGGCACCACAACCCGUCUAA